AUCUCUCUUACUAGUAGUGACCAAUAAGUGAUGUGAUCAGAUGAUCUGAAUAGCAUUGAAAAGACAUUAAUUGACCCUCUCUACUAUACUCAAAGCUACAUAUCGAUUGUUAUAUUUUUGUCAAGAUGCAUUCCCAUCUCCACACCCCUUACAACGCAAACUGCGAAGAAAUCAUGACCGCCCUGGACGAAUGCCACGCGCGGGGUUUCCUCCACAAAGCCCUCGGAAACUGCAAUGAUAUCAAGCGCGAUGUGAACAAGUGUCUGGCGGCCGAGCGGUAUCAGCGCGCAAAGCGGAAUCGCGAUCAGGCGAGGGAGAACCGGAAGAAGAUUGAGAAGAUUUGGGCGGAUGAGAGGGCAUUGGAGCAGGGGGUUCCGGCUGCGACUGCUUCUGCUGCGGCGGAGAAAUAAAAUGUGUUUUAUCGUGGGUGCUGGGGAGGUGUGGGGGAGGGGAAGAAGGGUGAUGGAUGUACACUGUAGGAUUAUGUAUGAUUGAUUGAUCGGGUGCAUGUGGGAUUGGCGUUUGGCGGGGAAUCUCUAUUCUUUACUUUGUCUUUGAUAGGGUAUAUAUUACUUUCUUGUCUCACUCUGUUCUUUCAGUUGCGGUGAGACUGUACAAUGUGACGCUCGAUGUGUUCUGAUAUACAUGCUACUGUCC